AUGGCAAAUCCUCUGACGGCCACAGCCGAGCCCGGGCUGCUGGAUCUCGCAGGCACCCCCACGUUGCCUUGGUGGAAAGACGGCGGUCUGAGAAAGCUCAUUUUCUGGCAAACAUGCAUUCUAGUUGCUCAGAUCACAGUCGGGUACGAUGAAGUCAUCGUUGGUUCUUUCCAGGCAUUGCAGCCCUGGCAGGAUGCUAUGGGAAACCCAUCUGCUGAGAUUUUGGGUCUUAUUACUUGCAUAGUCUUUGUGGGUGGGUUGGUCGGUGCAAUCUUCGCGGCGACACCGGCAGACCGCUACGGCCGACGCUGUGCGAUUCAGAUUGGGUCGUUCUUGGGGUUUGUUGGAUCAGUGAUGCAAGCUGCUUCUCCCAACAGGGGCGUCUUCAUUGGAGGACGUGCUGUUCUUGGUGUUGGCCUGUCCUUCACCACGACGGCCGGACCCAAUCUGUUGACCGAGUUGGCCCAUCCACGGUUGCGUGGAAAGAUGGCUUCGAUGUUCAAUGUGCUCUGGUAUCUCGGCUCUAUAAUCGCCUCGUGGUUGACAUUCGGAACUGGCCAUCUCUCGACUUCGUGGUCCUGGCGUAUUCCAUCCAUCGUGCAGGCCACGUUUCCCUUGCUCCUAAUGAUAGCCACCGUCUUCAUUCCGGAAUCACCUCGAUGGCUUUGCUCGAAAGGGCGCCAAAGAGAGGCGAGAGAUUUCCUAGUCAAAUAUCAUGCCAACGGCGAUCAAAGCGACCCUACGGUCGAGCUGGAGAUGCACGAAAUUACGGCAGCUCUGAAAUUGGAAGAGCAGAGCAAAAUGUACACCUGGUCCAACCUGCUCAAGUCCAAGGCUAACCGACGACGCCUCGGCAUAUGUGUCUCGGUAUCUGUUCUCACACUCUGGAACGGACAGGGCGUCAUCUCAUAUUACUUCUCGCCCAUUCUGGACUCUAUCGGCAUUACAAACACAACACAGCAAACCGGAAUCAACGGCGGUAUGGCCAUAUGGAACCUCAUCUGCUCUGUCACUGGCGCCUUCUUGGCUGACAAGAUCGGCCGUCGGAAGCUAUGGCUCGCGUCCUUCAUCGGAAUGAUCUGCGCCAAUGUGCCCCUAACUAUCACAAGCGCUGUGUACGCGAAACACGGCUCUCAGACAGCAGCGUACGGGACGGUAGUCUUUCUAUUCUUGUACAACGCCGCUUUUAAUAUCGCAUGCAACCCGUUGCUAUAUUGCUACACUCCAGAGAUCCUACCGUACAGCAUCCGCAGCAAGGGACUGGCGCUGCAAAUACUGUCUAGCCAGAUCAUGCUGACGGUGAAUCAGUACGUCAACCCUAUCGCGCUGGAACGAAUCGGAUAUAACUACUUCAUUUUCUACCUCGGCAUGUUGUUCCUUGGUGUGGCCCUCAUCUACUUCACGUUUCCUGAGACUAAAGGAUACUCUUUGGAGGAGUUGGGUAUGCUUUUCGAUGAUGACUUCGAUGUCCGGCCACCCGUUCUCCAUGGGAAGGACGUCGAGAAUUCUGGCCACAUAGCUGAAGGAGACACGAAGAAAGACACUGUAAAGAUUAGUGAGAGUUGA